AUGGAGGCGGCGGCCUCAGCUGCUGUUGCGGCUGCCAAGGAGACGGCGCUGGCUGCGGCUGCUGCGGCAUCGGCUGCUUCCAAGGAGGCGGCGGCGGCGGCUGCGGCUGUGACGGAGGCAGCGGCGACCGUCAAGGAGGCGGCGGCGAAGGCUUCGGCUGCUGCGUUAAACGCGAAGGAGGCAGCGGCCGUGGCGACGGCUGCAGGGGAGGCGGCGGCUGCCGCCGCCGCUAACGUCGCUGCCGCGACGGCAGCACUGCAAGCUUCAAAGAAGCGCAAGUUCCAUCUUGUCGACGACCAAGAUCCGCCGGGGAGUGGGAACGUCGAUCACAUAAGCCGUGUCCCCGACGCCGUCCUGGGCAGCAUCGUAUCUCUUCUCCCCACCAAGGAAGGGGCACGCACUCAGGCCAUCUCCCGCCGGUGGCGUCCGCUCUGGCUCUCCUCUCCUCUGAACCUCGCGUUAGACCGUGGACCCAAUAGCAAGGAAUUGAUUACAAAGAUACUCUCUGAGCAUCCUGGCCCCGCACGCCGCUUCUCGGUCUGCAUCUCUCAGAACGACGACAAGAUCGAAGGCUGGCUUAGUUCCCCAGCCCUGGACAACCUAGAGGAGUUCGAGCUUACCUACACGUUCUGGGGCAACAACAAGGACAAGUUGUGCCUGCUGCCAUUGUCCGUGUUCCGCUUUUCGCCCACUAUCCGCGUGGCCACAUUCUACGGCUCCCAUUUCCCCAACUUGAUCGCGCAGCUGUCCCUGAAGUUUCCGUGCCUCAAGCAGCUGACCUUGGAAAGGGUCACCAUCUCGGAGGACGUUCUCCAGGGCAUGCUCUCUGGCUGCCCUGCCUUGGAAAGCCUUGAGCUGAUGAAAGUUUUUGGCAUUGAUCGCCUUUGCAUCAGCUCCCAAACUCUUAAAAGUUUACGCUUUUUCGCCGGCUGGACCAGUCAAGGUCUCUUUUUGCAUGAGUUAGUCAUUGAGGACGCCCCGUGCCUUGAGAGAUUGCUACGUCUUGAUCCAGUGGGCACAAAGUCCAUAAAGAUAAUUGGUGGGGCACCUAAACUGGCGAUAUUGGGUAUGCUGUCUGAAGAUAUAUCUGAACUCCACCUUGGAAGUUCAGUUUUUCAGAAAAUGAUUGCUGUCAGUUUGACCACCAAAAUGCACACCAUGAGGGUUUUGGCUCUCAGAUCUACUGGCCCUAAUUUGGAUGCAGUGGUUAACUUCCUCAAGUGCUUCCCUUGCUUGGAGAGGUUGUAUGUCAUUUUCAAGUCAUGGGAGGUUAUCAAUAAUGUCCGGAGUUAUGAUCCACUGGACCCAAUUGAAUCCCUUGAGCUCCAUCUCAAAAAUGUGGUGUUGAAGAAUUAUGACGGCACCAAGAGUUCAUCUAUUGACUUUGCCAAGUUCUUUGUUCUGAAUGCAAAAGUGCUAAAGGAAAUGAAAAUCACAUUGCCUUACCACCGCCGGCACAGAUGGUUUGCUAAGCAAUUCAGCCUGCUACGAGUCAGAAGUAGAGCUUCUCAAGAUGCUCAAAUUGAAAUGAGAUGUGGCAGUCACGAGUAUUUCACACACAUCAAGCGUACCCAUGAUUUGUCAACUGACGACCCCUUUGACUUGCCCUCCAUAGGGUGCUCAAAGUGUAAAGAGAAGGGUCUAGGAGAUGCGGUAUACCAAAUUUAAAUAGAACAUUGGGCUGCCAAGACCACCAACCUGUGGUGCUAGCCAGUAAGCCUCCAAGCCUUUCUCUGAUGUAGUUGGUGCCCAUCCUGAAAAUUGACUUGCCUUCUUUUCAAAGCCCAAGCUUUUGUAUCUAGCCUAUAAUGUUGUCCCAGCCGUCUACUUCAUUUAGCAAUGGAAUGUUUUGUGGCCCACUCAGGA